GAUAUUAUCCUGAGGAAAAGAGCAACAUUUGCCUUGCCAGUUUUCCAUCACGAAUAACAAACUUGAAGCCAUCAAAUUGUCAAUGCACAUUCUACUCAAAAUCAAAGAAAAGUCAACUUUCUUCGUUCCUUUCUCAAAAUGCUGAUAUUCCAGAAGAAACCAGUAAUUAUUUCCAAAUUGAGAACAUUGAUAAACAAGGAAAAAAAAUUUCAAAUGAUAGUUUAAUGAAAAAACAGAAACCUAUGGAAAAUAAUAAUUUAAAGAAAAAGAAUUUAUGUACAGAAGAUUUAAGUCAAAAAGAUUUAGGCGAAAAACUAUUGAUAGAAAAGAAAAUUACAAACAAUAUAGAUAAUAAAGAAAAAACUGAUAGAGAAUUAAGUACGAAAAUUAUAUCGGAAAUGAAUUUAAAUUCACGGGAAUUGACGGGAAAUGAUGAGAAUAAUAAUAAUAAUAAUAAUAAUAGAAAAAGAACAAUUGAAAAACAAAUGCAAGCUUCGAAUGAAGAUGAAAAUAAUUUAAAAAAGACUGUUCAUGUAUAUUUAAAAGAAGCAAGUGUUCAAACAAAUAUUGAAUCGAAAAAUUGUUGCGAUAAUUUAAGAGAAGAAAUAUUUAACAUGCUAGAAAAUUUUAAAGAGCAAUCACGUGUUCGUCAAGCGAUAAAUUCUCUUCCUAGUAGGGAAUUUCCUUUAAUUUCACAAAAUCUUGGAGCUAAUACAAAUUUGGAUUCCAGUACUUUUGAAAAUCAACCGCUAAUGGUAAAUACCUCUAAAGUUGUUACUCCAAAGAAAAAUAAUAAUUAUAAAAACUUCUCUCCAACAAGUUCGACUUCGCCAGGUGAUUUUGUACAGAAAUUAGAAGAAAAAAAAGAUUGCCUUUGUUGCGGUACAGAAGUAACUUUCUCAAAUGAAAAUUCUGAUAACUCAAAAGAUUCUCAAAAGUUGAGAAAACCGUUUAUAGAAAACGAAAAGACGGACGAUUCUCAAAAUGUUGAUGCAACGAGACCGGAAUUUGUAAACAUUUUAUUAGAAAUUGGUCACUAUACUCGAAAUUUAGAAAGACAAUUGUCACAAAUGAAUGAAACUAUGACGAAUCGAGUAAACGAAAUGAAUGCUCGGAGUUCUAGAAAAGAGAAUACUCGACCUAUGGGAAGUUCAACUCCAAAGGAGGCAAAAAAUGAUGAACAAUUAUUUUUAUCACUUCCAAAUUAUAUGGGUUCGGAUAUUCCAAAUUUUAGUUUAUCCAAUGAAGAAAGUUCCAACGAAGAACUUGUAACUAAUGUAAAAGAAUUUCAUCAAGGUAAUCAACUAUUAAUAUCACCGCCAAUUGGUUCAUCAACUCCAGUUUUACAAAACAAGAAACACUCUUCUGAAAAAAAUGAUCCAAAUAAUGGCAAAAUUUCGCAUAUUCGUUUAAUUGCAACAAAAAAAGUAAAUGAAAUACCUCAUCAUUCUGAAAUUCAAUCGUUAAAUAGGGAAAAUAAUAAUGAUAAUAAUAAUAAUAAUAAUAAUAAAGAUGCUUCAACUUCUUCAGACAUCUAUCGAUCUUCUUUUAAUAAAAAAUAUAAUAAAAACACGAAAAUACAAAAUGAUGACAAUACCUUAGAGGAAACUCAAUAUAAAGAUUUUCCUAAAUUAUCAAGAAAAAAGUAAUAAAAUUCUCUAUUGUUCAGAAAAAUCAAUUUUACUAGAAAUCUAAUUGAAUAAAUUUUAGUUUUUCUUUUAUGAAAAAAAAAUAUAUAUUUAAUUAUUUAAGAGAUUUUUUUUAUCAAUAAAAACGCAAUUUGAAUUUUUGCACAAUUUUUAUUAAAAACAUUUUAAUAAAUUUAUGUAAUUAAUUAAGCUCUUAUAUUUCAUGCUGA